GGACUUGAUCAGCGAGGUAGGUUUAGAGAGAGAGAGAUUAAGAGAGAGAAAAAAUGAACACCGGAAUGGAGGAGAAGGAAUCCCAGUGCAGGCUUCAGGCUUUUCUCACCUUAUUGUCCCAUCUCUUGGAAACUCAGGCAUCCCGGCUCGGCCAAGAAGAAUAAUUUAUGACGGUGAGAGAGAGAGAGAAAGCAAGAGUGAAGCUUCCACACGCCCGACAAGCCAACAACCCCCAACUCCCCCACCUUUCCUCUUUCCCAUAUAACAUCCAUCCCCUCCCCUGCUUCAUCUCUGCCCCAUAGCAAUCUCUGCGUGCAGCUCCUAUUUUCUUGGCUUCCUUCUCUCCUCUGCUUGUUAAUUGGAUCCCCUGAUCGCAAUCUCUGGUGUUUAGUAUUCCCCUGUUAGAGAAAACCUUUUCUACAAUUCCCUGUUCUCAUCCCUCCGUUCUCUGAUCCAUAAUUCACACUCCAGGAGUCUAAAGCUGCUAUUUUGAUCCUAAAAAUCCAAUCAAAAUCCGUUUUUUAUCAGUAUCUCUGAGACUCCGGUAGCAGGGCAAUCUGGGACAAAAAAGAGCCAUCUUUAGGCUCAGUUUAUAUCGGGUGAGCUUACAAUUCCAGUCCAAAUGGCCAUUACCAUGAGGCCGGCCAUUCUUGUUCUCCCUCUCCUCCUCUCCCUCUUCCUCCCUUCCUCCGCCCAGAACUGCCUCAGCGAGACCUUCUCCAACAGCAGACUCUACGACCGCUGCAACUCCCUCGGCGUCCUCAGCGCCACCCUCCACUGGACCUACCACGCUUCCAACGGCACCGCCGAUAUCGCCUACCGGGCGCCGCAGGAGUCCUCGGGCUUCGUCGCCUGGGCCAUCAACCCCUCCAGCUCCGGCAUGAUAGGCGCCAACGCGCUCCUCGCCUUCCACAACUCCAGCGGCGCAGUCACCGUGAUCUCCUAUGUCUUCAACGGCUACCGUCCUUCGGUGCGCGACAGCAACCUCAGCUUCACCGUCUACAGCAAGGAGGCUGAGUAUUCCAACGGUGCGUACACCAUCUAUGCGACGGUGGCCCUCGAGGGCAACAAGACGACGUUGAACACCGUGUGGCAGGCCGGGCAGGUCAGCGGAGGGGUGCCCGUCGGCCACACAACGGGCGGCGACAACAUUAACUCCAAAGGAAGCACCGAUUUCCUGUCCGGGCAGUCGUCGAGCGGUGGAGGAGGGAAUUCAAGGCUGCACCGCAGGAAUAUCCAUGGAGUGUUGAAUGCUGUGAGUUGGGGUAUUUUGAUGCCUAUUGGAGUUAUCAUAGCAAGGUAUUUGAGGGUGUUUAAGUCAGCUGAUCCUGCCUGGUUCUACCUCCAUGCGGCUUGCCAGUGCUCGGCUUACAUAAUUGGAGUCUCUGGUUGGGGUCUUGGCCUCAAACUCGGCAGCGAAUCUAAGGGAAUUACAUACCACAGUCACCGGGACAUUGGAAUUGCCCUCUUCUCCCUAGCCACGCUUCAGGUGUUUGCAUUGCUUCUGAGACCCAACAAGGACAACAAAUACCGCAUCUACUGGAAUGUCUACCACCACUUGGUCGGAUACAGUGUCAUAGUCUUGAGUGUCGUCAACAUCUUCAAGGGAUUUGAUAUCUUGGACCCUGCCAAGAAGUGGAAACAUGCUUACAUUGCUAUCAUCGCCACGCUUGGGGGCAUCGCAUUUGUUCUCGAAGCUGUUACGUGGGCUAUAGUUCUGAAGAGGAGAUCGAGGAGCUCGGAGAAGUUCCACCAGGGUGAGUAUGGGACCAAUGGGUAUGGUGGCAGGCAACAUCAGGGAGCCUAGAGGUAGUUUGGCUUCUUAUAUUGGGUGUGCUUAGAGAUUACCUCUUUGCCAUGACUGGUUCUUGUACCCAUUUGUUUGAGGCAGAGAUAGUUGUUUAGACAGUUGUAAUUCUUUCUUACUAGGUGGGUACCAGGCAGGCAUUUGCUUGCCACUUUGAGAUAUAGUUUCUUUGUUGUUUCUUUAUGGCAUAUGUACUUCAGUUAUAGAUUGUGGAUUCCCAUCCCAUUUUGUUGGCUUGCUUAUCAUCUGCUUUACAUUGAGGA